UUUUUAGAGCAGCAGCGUCACAUGUUGUUUUUCUCCAGGAUCAGAUCUGUUCUGGACCCGCUGCUGUUGCUUUCCACCGCGGCGGGCGGCGGACACGUUCACCUGCUAUGGAUUAGAAGAAAACGCGUUUAUUCUCAGGUUUUUCUUUUUAAAUUCUCUGUGAGCUUUUUCCAUUUUAAAGGACUUUUGCUGAUUCUGGACUUGAAAAGAGAAGCGGAGAGGAAAUGGCAAGUCCUCCGGCGACGGGAGGACACCUGUUAUCUAAUGGGACGAACGGGGUGAAGAAGUGCGGCUACCUGAGGAAGCAGAAACACGGACACAGACGCUUCUUCGUGCUCCGGGAGCCCACGGAGCGCUGCGCUGCCCGGCUGGAGUAUUAUGAAAGCGAGAAGAAAUGGAGGAACAAGUCCGCUGCGAAACGGGUCAUAACUUUGGACUCCUGUCUGUGCGUAAACAAACGCGCCGACGCCAAACACAAGCACCUGAUCGCCCUCUACACCAAGGACGAGUACUUCGCCGUGGCUGCGGACAACGAGCAGGAGCAGGAGAGCUGGUACCGGGUCCUGACGGAUCUCAUAGCCGAGGGCAAAGUGUACGACAGCCCCGCUUCCACGUCCUCCUUAGUGGGCUUCGAGGAGGCCAGCUACGGGCUGCUUUCUCCCGCUACGGCCGUCUAUAAGGAGGUCUGGCAGGUCAACUUGAAAUCCAAAGGCUUGGGUCAGAUAAAGAACCUCACUGGAGUCUACCGGCUGUGUUUGUCCAGCAGGACCAUCAGUUUUGUCAAACUGAACUCUGAAACAGCUGCUGUCAGCUUACAGCUCAUGAACAUCAGAAGAUGCGGACACUCAGACAGUUUCUUCUUCAUAGAGGUGGGCCGGUCAGCGGUCACUGGGCCUGGAGAGUUCUGGAUGCAGGCGGAGGACUCGGUGGUGGCCCAGAACAUCCAUGAGACCAUCCUGGAGGCCAUGAAGGCCAUGAAGGAGCUGUCAGAGUUCAGGCCGAGGAGCAAAAGCCAGUCAGCCAGCACCAACCCCAUCUCUGUGCCCACCAGACGCAACCUCAACAACCUCCCCCCUAGUCAGACGGGCCUGGUGAGGAGGUCCAGGACAGACAGCAUGGCAGCCACGUCCCCAGGGAGGAAGUUCACGUCCUGUCGAAUCAGAACGGCCAGCGAGGGAGACGGAAGCGUGACCAGACCGGUGUCCAUGUCCAUAUCUGUGAACGGGAGCCCCACCAGUCCAAACUCUGGUAACCACCUGAACAGGUCCAACACCCUGAGCAGUGGACGCACCUGCAGGAUGCUGGAGUCCACCUCCAACCUGCACCACAGCCGCUCCAUGCCCGUCUCCAACUCACCUCCUGCUGCCUCCAGCCCCAUCAGCAUGUCUCCCAGAGGAGGGGCCAGCUUCUCCACUCCAGACAAAGCCAGGCGACCCUUCAGCUGCAGCGCCUCCAUCUCCGGCUCCCUCAGUGACACCGGCUUCAUGCUCUGUGAUGAUUACAGCUCCAGCCCAGGUGAGCCCAGGUUCCUCCCCUUGACCCGCAGCGACACCCCCGACUCCCUGUCCAGCACCCCUCCAUCCCGGGACACCAGCGACCCCUGUGGCUACAUGAUAAUGGAGGGAGCCAACGGCAGCAGGUCUGGCUAUGAGGGUCUGGCUUUUGAUAAGGCUUACAGGAAGCGAACGCACUCCCUGACCACGCCACGGCAGCAGAAGGUGGUGGCCCCGCUGUCCUCGGCCUCUCUGGAUGAUUACACGCUAAUGAGGAUGGCCCACGGACACAACUCCCACUCCGCCUCCCCCAAAGUGUGCUACCCCGAGGAUUACGGAGACAUAGAGAUCGGUUCUUCCAGGAGCUCCAGCAGUAACCUUGGCGACGAUGGCUACAUGCCCAUGACACCAGGUGUGGCGUCUCAGUCUGGCAAAGGGGACAACUACGUCCCCAUGAGCCCCAUGUGUGUCUCGGCACCCAAGCAGAUUGUGAACCCCAGGGUGCACCCUCAGGCGGCAGCCAGUGGAGGCUACAAGACCAACUCCCCCUGCAGCAGCUCUCUGGAAGACAGCGGCUACAUGAGGAUGUGGUGCGGCUCCAAAUCCUCCAUGGAGAGCCCAGACAGACACGGUGAAUACAUGAACAUGUCACCUGGAAACCCUCCUACACUCCAGACGCCCCCUGAUUACUACCUGGGCCUGCUGGCAGGUGAGCCAGCAUCGGUCCGGCCGGCCUACCAGAACGGCUCCCUCACGCUGCCUGCUAAACUUCAGGCCUCCAAGAAUGAAGACAGCAGCCAGUAUGUGUUGAUGAGCCCUCAGAGUUUGAGACAGAAGGCUGCGGAGUCUGACUAUUAUUCAGUGAUGCAGCCCAGUGCAGCUCAGACGUUGCCUCUGAGCCCCUCGGUACCCUCCCCGGUCAGACACAACCGGGCGGAGAGCCUGCCCUACAGGGGGAGGCUGGGCCGGCCCAACAGGCUGUCUCUGGACGCUGUGAGAACCCUGCCCAGCAUGAACGAGCAUCCCCUCCCCGGAGAGCCCAGGAGCCCCGGGGAGUACAUUAACAUUGACUUCAGCGGCGCCAGGUUCUCCCCUCCCUCCCUCGUCUCCACAGAGAGCCAGUCUUCAUCACUGGGCUCCAGCGGCGGGGGUCCCGGUAGGUCAUCUCUGACAGACUACAUAAACCUGGAGCUGGGCUCACACUCACCCAAGGAGGCUGACACUGCUGCUGAGCGCUUGGACACACUCCCAGAGCUGUCCAUGUGCCCCUGCUCAGAGGAUGGAGUGUACCAUGUAGACGGUGAGAAAGGCUCCCAGGGUCUCGGUGAUGAGGUGAAAAACGACUACACUGAGAUGACGUUUGGGAUGACCAGCUCACCUCCACAGCUCGUUCCUCAGAACACAGCGAGCAGCCAGGGCAUCAGGGAGCAGAGGCUGUCUCUGGAGGACCAGGGUGUCCCCGAACACAUCGGGGUCUUUCUGCUCGGUGCCGCUGCUUCCUCCACAGUGGACCCCGACUGCUCUGCCAAGGUGAUCCGAGCCAAUCCGCAGGGACGUCGGCGCCACAGCUCCGAAACCUUCUCCUCCACCGCCACCGUCACGCCGGUCUUUCCCUCCUUCGCCCGUGGCGACGCCGUGAAGCGGCACAGCUCGGUGGAGAACAUCUCGUCCCGGAGCAGCGAGGGCUCCGACGAAGAGUACGGCAGCCCCGUGAACCGGCAGAGCUCGGCCGGCUACCCCAACGGACUGAACUACAUUGCCUUGAACCUGCUGGACAACAGGGACGUGGAGAAAUGUGAGGACCUGGUUGGCUUCAAACCCACCAGCAGCUGCAAAGGGGGCAUCAAUGGAUUACACAGCUCACCAUAUGUCUGUUUGGGCUUCAAGGAGGCUGCAACCACUGCCAAAGACUGACGGACUCCUCUGUCCUCGGAUUUGGCAUCUUGACUGACCUGCUGCUGAAAAAACAAAUCUACUUUGCCCUUCCAUGGGGCUGUUUGGCCCUGAAAGACUGUCUGGACCCUCAGCUUCACAAACACAUACACACACUUAGGAAGCAGACCACCAUCUAUGCAUGUCAGGAGUUUGCUGAAGGCAGGACAGGUGUGUUUGUGUGUGUCUGUGUGUGUGUGUUGUGUGUGUGGAUGGGUGUGUUGUGUAUCGGUGCGUCUCAUGUUACCUGCACUUUUAGAGGCCAUUUCUCCUGUGACCCAAAUUUUGGCACAAGCACAGAAGCAAAGAUAGUCAGACAAUAACAAAACUCUAAUGGUACCCAGAUACUAUUUAUUUACUUGAGGGUGGUUUUGUGACUGCCUGCAUGUGCGCGAGUGUGUGUUUCUGAAAGUACGACCAACUGGUAUGCCAGUGAACAAUGAAAACUGCUACAGAAAUGGCCCAGGGAGGGAGGAAACCAAGGUACACUGAGUAUAUAACUAUAUUUAAAUUAGAUAUUUUAUUUAUUUUUGGAUGAUGAAUGUCUGAUAAGACCGACUCAAUGCCUUAAUGUCUAUACUGUCCUUAUGUUUUCUAUGAAAUAAGCGAUAAAUAUUCUAUUAUGGUAUGUCUGUUUGGACCUACAUCUCUAUAUUGUUAUUCUCUUGUGGAAAGUCAAAUGCCUAGUUUACCAUUAUAAUAUAUUAUUUCAGAAAUGUACAGUACAGUGGGGCUGCUUGAGAUCUGAUUUAUUGUAUUGAUAUUAAAGUAUUUUCUUAAUUACUAAUUUCUUAUUCCUUCUAACUUAGUUUAUUUUUCGUCCAAUCAAAAGCGCUGGACUUAAAGAAAUAUAUUUCUAAAUGUCUUUCAGAGUUAUGCAUGUCUUUAUAACUCAGUUCAGACCCCCCCACAACACCAGGCAUCUGAAUGCACUGUACCUCCCACAGUUCCUCAGUCACUUGAGCCUGAAAACCUCACACACUCCUACCUUCAAACCUACGGCCUGCUGUUUUAGCUCGACGCAUGCCACCCUGCUGUGAUAUCAUUUGACUGUACAACUGUCUAGAUGAGGUGGGGGGGAGCCAAGGAAAAACUGUGGAGGUUAAGGGGCACAGUUGAGACGGUUUCUGUUCAGCGAGUGAGGGCUGAAGUAAAAGGGGCGCUGAGUGGUGAAUGGAAGAGAGUCUUACAGCCACAUCUGGCACCAUCACAAAGGUUCACGCAGAAUCAUCUGUCUGGAAAAUGUAAUUACCUACAGACAGUAUAAAAAUAAGAGCUGGCUGAGGUGAAUUAUGUAAUAUAAAUUAAAGCAAGACUAUGUAACUGUAAUACUGCACAGCUACACGAUAAACACUAAAUGCAUUUAAUCUCAGCAGAAGGGAGCUAACAGGUCAGCAAACAGAGUUAUCUUGUAUAUUAGAGCUGUAUCUAAUAAAAUUUGCUUUCAUUAUUCACUGUUAGCUUUUGGCUAACAUUACCUACCAUUAUUCAGUGUUGGCUUCAGCUGAUGUUAGUUAACAUUGUCCAAUUUUACCUACUGGCUAACAGCUAACAACGUGCAACAUUAACUACUGGCUGACAUUAGCUACAGUUAUUCAAUGUUAACGUCUGGCUAAUAUUCACUAACCUUGUCCAAUUUUACCUACUGGCUAACAACUAGCAAUUUUCAACACUAGCUACUAGCUGACAUUAGCUAUCGUUAUUCAUUGUUAGCUUCUGGCUAAUGUUAGCUGGCAUUGUCCAAUUUUGCCUACUGGCUUACAAGUAGCACUUUUCUGGCUAAUAUUAACUAACAUUGCCCAGUUUUGCCUACUGGCUAACAGCUAACCCUUGACUUUAGUGAACUGAGUAACAUUUUUUUGUGCAUGAACUAGUAAAAGGAAACUUUUUUUUAGAGUUUGAUAGCUUCUCAUUAAAGUGAGCCUUUGUCCUUUUCAGAAUAAUGACGCUAAUGUUUAGUGUAAUGCUAGAAUAAGAUCACUGUUGUUUAAAAAGUAAACAAAUUCACUGAGUAAUAUCUGUUAGGCAGCAAUAUCAGUGUGCUAACAUUAGCUGACAUUAGCUUCCAUGAGCUACUGGUGAAAUGAAGUCUACAUACAAAAGCUGUGAGUGGAUAUAUUUCUGAAAAAUCUUUUAUUUGUUCAACAAACAAUAUCACAUUUAUUCAUUAGAUGUUACAUGGUCUUGUUUUAACAUCUUGAACGAUGGGAAAAUGGCAAACAUUAACCAAAAAAUUGAAAUCCUGCUGCUUCCUGCGAGCCUCCAAAAUGGCCACCAGGGUAAAUUCAUUAUUAGCAUUAUUUGAAAGCUCUCUCCCAACUGUGUCAUCCACUGUGCCGACUCCAACUGGCUCACAACCCCUUUAGUGUACAGUAGAUUGUAAAACUGUCUGAAUGUAUCACUGAGCUGGUGGGAACACCGCAGACAUAAUGUGCAAAUGGUUUUGAAAAGAGUUGAAUAAUAAUGGAGCUGUACCAUGCUGAGUCUUGGUAUCUAUUUAUCUUCAGUCUUGAAUGUGUAUAUUAUGUACAUAGAAAGAGUUUAACAAAAAAAAAUCUAUUGAAUAUACAUAGAGGACUUAGAUUUUACCUAUGUUGCAAUGAUAUUCCUGUGUAAAGACUUUGGCUACCGAUUUUUAAAAGGGGGUUUUUGCUUUGGGGUUGUACAGUGUAUUGUAUGCUUUUCUCCCUCACAGUCUCUGUGACUAUAUGAAAAAAUACUCUCUGUCUAUUUUAUUAUAGAGAUCUCUUUGCCUUGUCAACACACUUUACCUAAUGGCAUAUGCAAUAGUGACAUGAAUAAAAUCUAGUUUACAACUGUGGAACCAAAUGUAACAUUGCAUUGAUUUAUUUUCUCUUUUUGUGAUGAGCAGGAGCUGUUUGGCUCCUUGUACAUUUCUCUUUCUGCCAAGUGUUUUGUUUUUCAUCGCUGGGAUCUUUGUUCUUGACAUGUCUAAAAGCGCUUUCCCCAUUUCUGUGUUCAUGGACGGAUUCUUAUUUACUGAUUGAUCUUGGAUUGACUCAGUUUGAAUGUGUUGUUGUCUUCCAUUGUACAUAGUUCAAUAUACUGUUUAUUGUGAUGCUCACAAGAGAGGAUUAUAAUGAUUUAUAAAUUCUGGUAGUUGAGUAUUGCUUUUGUCUGUAUUAAUUAUGGAUAGAAACCUACAGAAAUAAAUGAAUUUAUUUAAAGAA